UUAGCGGUCACGCUCAAACUCAGACCACCAAUAGAGACUGCUUAGAUAUCCGGCAGAGAAAAACAAAGCCAAUCUGUACGGUCAUUUCCCCCCUUCUCCUUUGUAUGGCGCCUAGGAAGCGAAAGGCCGAGGGACAAGAUGAGGCGCUCAAGCACGCGUCCGCCAGGGUCACUCGGAGCUCCACUCGCCUAGCCAAUGCCAACUCCAACUCUUCUGUGCCGAUGGCUGAUUUACCCAUUAGGAAAAGGCAGAGAGCAGCUGGAAAGAAGAAGUUGAAAACUGAAGGGAAAAAUGAGUCUGAGACCAACGUCGAGGCUAAGGAGGAGGAGAUUACUGAUGAUGUCACUAAGAAGACCAUUGUGAUUGAACACUGCAAACAGUGCUCAUCAUUUAAGACAAGAGCUACACAGGUGAAAAAUGGUCUAGAGAGAGUUGUUCCUGGUAUCAUUGUACUACUUAACCCUGACAAGCCUAGAAGGGGUUGCUUUGAAAUACGGGAGGAAGGUGGGGAGAAGUUCAUUAGUCUUCUGGACAUGAAUCGACCAUUCAAACCAAUGAAGGAACUUGAUAUGGACAAAGUCAUCUCAGAUAUAAUUGAGAAGAUCAAAUGAUGAGCCAUUGGAUUGCAGGUGUAUUUUGGUUGCAGAUAGAGUAUAUUGUGUGAGUUGGAGCAAUGCUAACAUGACUAUAAAAGGGAAACCAUUUAACUCUACUCUGUUGAUUUUGUUGGUAGUUUUUCAUUGUGAUAUUGUGGAGGUCAUUAUUCCUUUCAACAAAUUAUUUUGAAAAUAUUCUUGGUAAACUGUGAUGAACCAAUUGCAUAUGAGUGCAUUUUGUUAGUCAGAGCGAAGGCAGUACUUUAUUGUGGUGGCAUGUGAUUGAAAAUUCUUGCAAAGACUGGGAUUAUAUAAAUCCAAUUCAUAAACAUAUGGAGUUUUAUGAUUUGUA